CUGAAUAAUUUUUAAAGGGAAUGGAAGUAAAUAAAGAUGAGGCUGAGCGGUGUUUUGAGAUUGCAAAAAAAAAGUGGAGUGAAGGUGAUCGUGAAGGAGCUAUUAAAUUUGCAAAAAAGUCGUGUUCUUUAUUUUCUACAUCAGAGGUUAAGGAUUUUAUAAGAUCUCUUGAGAGAUUAUCAGAUAAUUCAGGGCCUCAAUCGAGCAAGGUUGAUUCAUCAGGAGCAAAAACGGGACCAAAUGGUUCAGAAGACCUUUUUAAGAAAUCGAGUUUUCCAAAGACAUCUAAGGGUUCAGAAAGUUUAUCUGGAUCUAGAGAUUUUACGCCGAAGCAGAAGGCAGUGGUAGAUCGAGUUAGGAAAUGUAAACAUACGGCAUAUUAUGAAAUUUUGGAUAUUAAGAAGGAUGCAAAUGAUUUAGAAAUUAAGAAAUCUUAUCGAAAAUUAGCUUUAUUACUUCAUCCAGAUAAGAACGGUGCUCCAGGAGCAGAUGAGGCGUUUAAACUUGUUUCGAAGGCUUUUCAGGUGCUUUCUGAUCCUCAGAAACGUAUGGUAUAUGAUCAAUAUGGUGAUGAUUUGAAUUCAAGAGCAUCUGGAGCGGGUUGUUCAGGAUUUUCAAGAGCCGGAGGUGGUUUAUUCGGGGAAGAAAUUGAUCCUCAAGAUUUGUUUAAUAUGUUUUUCGGUGGAGGUGGAAAUUUUCCUUUUUCCGGUGGAAAUCCGUUUGCUACAUCGUUUGGAGGUCCUCAGAUAAGAGUUCAUCAUUUUGGUGGUCCUGGAUGGAGAACUGGUACCAAUAGGCAGCAUGGUCAAUCAGGUCAAGGAUUGUUUGGAAUAUCGACAUGGAUUCAAUUGUUACCUUUUAUUAUUGUUAUUCUUUUCUCGAUUUUAUCAUCUUUUGCCAAUUUCUUUAAUUCUGCAUUUUCCCUUUUCGGCUCUGGCAUGCCGUCUUAUUCAUUUACACCUUCUCCACCUUUUAUUGAACCACGCUAUACAUAUUAUCAUCAUAUUCCAUAUUUUGUUGAUCCUUUGAAGGUUAGCUCUUUGUCACAAGUCAAAUUGUCGCAACUUGAUAAAAAGGUUGAAGUAAAUUAUAUUAAUGCACUUCGUGUUAAUUGUGAGUAUGAAAUGGAAGAAAGAAAACGUAGGAUGGAAGAAGCUUAUGGGUUUUUUCGUGUGGAUAAAGAGGCAUAUGAAAGGGCUAAAAACAUGGUUCAAGUAUCAUGUAACAGGUUAAGAGAAUUAGGCAUUCGGUAA